GUCUGUCUGUCUGUCUGUGAGAGCUUAUAUCCAUGUGUGGGCUCUUAUGCAUGUCCCAGAGAGAACAUAAUGGUCCUUUCAGCACAACACAAACACACUACCUAGCUAGACUUUUCUUUUUGUUGCUCUAUGUGUGUUCACGCUUUCUCCUCACCCGCUGUGUUUUCCUCUGCAGGUUGCCAGGGCCGACCAGGGUGUCCGCUGCAGGCAGCGGGGCCCCCAAGGGCCAAGGAUCCUCCAACCUCAACAGGAGGAGUCAGAGCUUUAACAGCAUCGAUAAGAGCAAGCCUCUCCAGUAUGCUAGUGGCAAUGACAGAGAAUCGGCAAAGAGCAUCCCUCUGCCUGGCAGCAUGAACGGAGGUGCCCCAGUGCCCACCAGCCUCAGCGGGCAGCAGCUGGCCUCUGCCAUCCCCUCCCCCACCGCCGGCAAGUCCUGGCGCAGUAAGUCCAUGAACAUGAAGCACAGUGCCACCUCCUCCAUGCUCUCGGUCUCCACCUCGCCCUCUCACUCGCCCACCCCACCCCCCGCCUCCGACCGCCUACGGCCCCCCAUGACCGAGGCGCCCAAGUCGGGCUCUGUCGCUGGCGCCUCCCAGAGAUCCAUGCUGGACAAGUUCCGGAUGAUCAACCCUCGCUCGGCCUCGCGGACUUCGCCGUCGGUGGCCGAGAUGGCCUUGCAGGAGGAGGAUGACAUGUCGGAGUACGGCGAGGAAGGGCUAAGCAUAACGGAGCCAACGUCGUCAAUGUGUACUAGCAGCAGCAACAGCACCAAGCCGCUGGCCAAGACUGCCUCGCCCCCCUCCCUGGCAGCAGCCAACAAGGGCUGUGUGAAGGACUCGUCGCCCUCCACCGGCGGCAGCAAUAAGUCCCUGCCCCAGCCCAAAGACAAGGAGGAUAAGAGCAGGAGCAAAGGAGGUAAGGCCAGCACCCCUCCCAAAGAGGAACAACGGGAACCCAUGGUGGAUCCAUCCAAGAAGACCUCUAAGAUCGCCAGCCUCAUCCCCAAGGGAGGCAAGCCUGCAGCGGGCAAGAAGGACAGCGCCAUCCCCCCUGCCUCCAGUGGAAUCCCCAAGCCUGGGCUCAAGGCCCCCUCGGCUACGGGGAAGCCGGCCGGCGGUCAAGCCCAGACCCAGGCCACCCAGGGUGGUAGUGGAGGGGGCAGGGAAGGGGACAAGGCCAAGGUGGUUAAAGGGGGCCAGGGGGGCUACUACAUGCAGCAGCGCUCCCUGGGGGGCCUGGAGGGCCGGCGAAGCAACAUGGUGUCUUCCACCAGCACCUCUGCCCUGUCCCAGCCCCCAGGGGCCAUGGGGGGGAACGGAGCGGUGCAGCUCCCCCAGCAGCAGCAGCACAACCACCCCAACACAGCCACCGUCGCCCCCUUCAUGUAUAGGACGUACUCCGAGAACGACUGUACCACGGUGGCCCCCACAGACCACUGCCUCAGCCCCACCAAGGGAGACCUGGUCUACAGCAAAACUGCCAAGCAGUGCCUGGAAGAAAUCUCAGGGGAAGACCCCGAGACGAGACGCAUGCGGACAGUGAAGAACAUUGCUGACCUACGGCAGAACCUGGAGGAGACCAUGUCCAGUCUGCGGGGGACGCAGAUCAGUCACAGCACCUUGGAGACGACCUUCGACAGCACAGUGACCACAGAGGUCAACGGGCGGAGCAUCACCAGUCGCUCCGCCCCCAUGACCUCCUGGCGCCUCGGCCAAUCAGCCCCAAGCCCCCGCCUACAAGCUGGCGACGCCCCUUCUAUGCCCAGUACCUACACCACAGUCCCACCACCUCGGACGGGUACCAGCACAGGUGGCGCCACUGGGCGGUACGGUCACUCGGACUCCUCCCGGUUUGUGUACAGCGCCCCCCUGAGGCGAGCGGCGACGGCAGGGGCGAGAGGGGCCGAGCAGGGGGAGAAGGGAGGAGGGCCGGAGGGGAUGCUGGAGAUGGACGUGGCAGGGUACAUGAGCGACGGAGACAUCCUGGGGAAGAACGUCAGGACAGAUGACAUCACCAGUGGGUACCUUACAGACGGUGGUCUUCACCUAUACUCGCGGAACGUCGGUCGCGCCCCUGACCUGAACACGUCGCUAGAGGUCACCCAGAGGGUGGUCAAGGAGGUGCACGGGGACGCAGACAGGUAAGGGCGUGGCUUCAUCACAACUAUUUGGGUUACUGGUGGAGGAGGGUGCAAUUUCCCCUAGCGGAUGAUCUUGGAUCAUUAUUGCAUUUUCUCCACUAACGAUUAAGGCUAGGAUUGGGGAGGGGAAGCUGAUCCUGGAUCUGUACCUCUGGGAAACUUUCACAUGGAGCGUUACUUGUGUUUCUGGACCACUGUAUUGAAACCAAUGGGAGGAACUGGUUUCUUGAUUGAAGAAUAGGAUUAGUUGAAUCAGUUUGUGUUACUGCCUGGGCUGAAGCAAAAGCCUGCUGCAUCCACAUGGUGCGUUGCAGAUCAAAUCCCACAGUUUCUCUCUGAUAUCUUUUCAUAUUAGCACUGAAUUUACUGAUAGCUGCUGGUUUUAAAGGGAGGUUUUACUAGCAGUGACUGUGAUAUGUGGUUGUUGAAUGCACUGAAUGUAAGUCGCUCUGGAUAAGAGCGUCUGCUAAAUGACCCAGAUGUAAAUGUAAGACGAGAAUGCCCUUCGCCAGAAAUGACACGCUCUCCCGUCUCCCAGACAGAAAGCUGCCGUCGCAAACCAGGCGCAAGAGAAAUGUCAUUGAUUUCAUUCUGUCAAGCUGUGAUUUGAUGACAUGCAAUCAUAGCAGCGGGGAGAGAAGUGAUGAGGUGAUGUCGCCGCG